AACUAAGGUUUCUUAGACAAUAGCGGUUCUGACUAGAAGGGUCUGUCUGUCCCGUUCUUGAGUUCUUGAUUUGUUCCCACUGACUUCCCACAGCCUCUGAAACGAACUUGGUUGCAUUUCACGAGUCAUGAGUCUCAUGACACAACCGACGAGUUUAAAACCCCGAUCACGAUUCAUGAGUUUUCUUUCGCCUUCUCACCGGUAGAAAAACUCGCCUUCUCCUUUGGUUUGAUCGCGUUCUUUUUCUUCUUCUUAGAAAGCUCGCCUUCUCCUUUGGUUCUGGUCGCAUUCUGAAAUUAGGGUUUUCAUGGACAAAAAUACAUCUAAGUGGAUCCUCGAAUUCAUUAUCAGAGAACCAAUCGGUGAUCCUUUGGUGAAUGCCUUACUUUCUAUUCUUCCUUUACCAGAUGAUGAUUUCCGCCUCAAGAAGACAAUACUCUUAAGGAGGAUCAAUUCGGAAAUCUCAACAAGUUUGGUAUCAGAAAAAACUCUAGAAUCUCUAGAGAUGAUUGAAGAGUUAGAUUACAGGAAAGGAAACGCGGUGCUGGAAUCGAUGAAAGCAGCUUAUUGUGCGGUUGCAGUGGAUUGCACGGUUAAGUUCUUGAGAGAGAAUUUGGACAGAGAUAAGCUUUUCUCUAAUGCUGUCAAAAAUAUUUGGAGGCGAAGGAUUCAUCAGAUGAUUGUAGCGGAGAAUGUUGGUUUGGUUUCGGAGGAGUUGAAGGUUUGGAAGGAGAAGAUUGAGGCAGCAACAUGGGAUAAAGCUGUCUGUCAGAAAAUCGCAAUGGAAGACACGCACAGUGAUGCUCUGAAAUUUGUCCGAACAUAUUUGGAAGAGGCUAGAAAAAGCAUGGACCGUUGGUUUCUGGAUUUUGUGGCUCAAAAAAUGGCCGAGGCGGAGGGACAAGUGCAUGAUGAGGAUUAUCCUUCUGCAGAAACUGAAGCUGGAGAGGAAGAAAAUAUGGGAUUGAAGGAUGAUAUUCGUAGCAAUAUGGCUGUGAAUUCAGCGGAAAACAACCAUGAAGAGAUGCUUCAAUCAUCAAAAUUAGUGAAAGUUGGUAAGGCGCUUAAAUCGGGCUCUAUGGCACCACGAGUAUUGAUGAAAGAUCCUUUGCCUGAUGGCUUAGAUGUUGUAUCAAGAGUUGUUUCUGAUAUUGAAAGUGAAAAGGGGAAUAUUGACCCCUUACAAGCAAACCAAAAUGUGAUAGAUUUGGAACCCAACAGUCUUGUUGAUGAGGGUGUUGAAACUGUUGAAGCUAAGUGGGAUGAUAAUUCAGUUGAAGGCUUACCCGAAGGAUCGACACCUUCUAGGAAAUAUCACCUUCGUAGCCCAAAGAAAAGGCUUGUUUCUCCUUUGAAUGAGUCUGGAAUAAAUAGAUAUGCAAAAAGGAGAAAACCUAAGAAAUGGAGUUCAUUGGAAGAGGAAACUUUGAGAAUUGCUGUAGAAGAGAAUGGAAAGGGGAAUUGGAAGCUCAUCUUAAAUAGAUGCAGAGGAAUAUUUAAGGAGAGAACUGAGGUUGAUCUAAAGGACAAGUGGCGAAAUAUGGUCAGAUAAUAUGUCAAUGAACCUUUUGGAUCCUUACUAAAGAAGUACCUGCCCUCUUUUUGUUCUCAUUUAUAAGUGAUAACUUCACCAUUAUCAGGUUACUUAAUGAUAAUCAAGCUACAUUCCCUUGGAGAGUAGCUUCUAUUUUGGAGGAUUUUAGGCCCUGACAUCCCACUUUUAGCAUAUUUCGUUUAUUCACUGCCAUAAGCAGGCUAAUGCAAGAGCUGAUACUUUAGCAUCUUUUGGUUUGUCACAGGGUGCUUGUUAUUUGCAGCAAUUACUCUCCCCCUUUCAUUUCUCGUUUGUUGUCUUGUGAAUGUUUAAGAGUUGUUCUGCCUCACCCUGUAAAUUUGUCUUCUGUCAAUAUAUUACUUUAUAUUCUUACCAAAAAGAAAGAAAGAUCGUAAUAUAUCCUCUCAGAAACAA